AUGCACGUGAAAGGCUUCUUUAGAAGAAGCAUUCAAAAGCAAAUAGAAUACAGGUGCCUGAAGGACGGCAAUUGUUUGGUCAUCAGAAUAAGUCGGAAUCGCUGCCAAUACUGCAGAUUCAAGAAGUGCCUAGCUGUCGGCAUGUCCAGGGAUUCCGUUAGAUACGGCAGGGUGCCGAAACGUUCGAGGGAACGCGGCCCCGAAGACACAGUACCGACCACCACGUCAACGACCACUACCACCGGAGUACAACAACUCACGUCCCCUGCUGGUGCUAACAAUAACAAUAAUAACACCAACAACAAUAACAACAACACCAGCAGCCAAAACAAUAACAACAACAGCCAAGCACAGAACGCUAUACCGUGUGUGCCGCCAGCUGCUGUGGUAGAGGCAGAUCAGUCAGACGCGGACGUGAAACAGUUGGCGGUUUACGACGUGAUACUUCAAGUUUCUCAGGCGCAUCACGCUCACUGUGGCUUCACCGAGGAAUCAACGAGGGGCAUCGUCCGGAAACCGAUGAUAAUACCGCCCGCCAGUCCAGAGGACCCAGAGGCGGCAUCCUCGACAGCAGAAACAGUUGAAUCGCAAAGGAUCUGGCUUUGGCAACAAUUCGCCACUAGGAUAACGCCAUCGGUACAAAGGGUGGUGGAGUUUGCCAAAAGGGUGCCAGGAUUUUGUGAUCUUUCGCAGGACGAUCAAUUAAUUCUGAUUAAGGUCGGUUUCUUUGAAGUCUGGCUAAGCCAUAUCUCAAAGAUGACCACUGACAGUUCGAUGACAUUCGAGGAUGGUACUUAUAUCACUAGGCAACAAAUGGAAUUGAUGUACGAGCCAGACUUCGUGUCUGCUUUGAUGCAAUUCACUUCGGCCUUAAACGCCCAUCAACUAUCGGACACCGAAUUGGGCCUUUUCUCCGGCGCCGUUCUUCUGGGUGAAAGACCAGGUCUGAACGACGUGAAAACAGUGCAGAGGCUUCAGGAUCGUCUUUUGGAGGCGCUGAAGGUUCAAGCGUUACGGAAUCACACGGUUUCCGGCGAGGCUACUUCCGCGGGAGGUUGUUCCGGUGUUUCGAGCGUCUCACAAAGGAUACCAGAAUUAAGAACUCUGGGUGCCAGACAUGCGAAUCUGCUCGACUGGUUCAGGAGGAACUGGACCAAGCUCAAAUUGCCACCCCUGUUUGCCGAGAUAUUCGACAUUCCUAAGUGUGAAGAGGAUCUUCAGUGAAGAGAAUGUUUCAGAGUACAUCGAGUUAAUUCGACGAGAAUGAACGGCCCUGCCGGAAGAGUCUUUCUAAUUGCCGGUGUUCAUCGCACAAAUGCAGCUCGGAUCUCGAGGACGAUUUGUUUUCGCUCGUUGGCGGUGACGUACAGCGGUACGAUGACGAGACGACGAUUCGAUUCGAGCGAAAAAAGGAAAAAAAGGAAGCGCAAAGACCGCUGCGAUCUGCCAGCGAUAUGGCGACUCGAUCUUCGCCAUCAUCGAGAUCCAUCUUGUGCUCUUCACUUUGUUUCACUCGUACAGGCUGGGAAGAUGGAUCGUUUGGCGAGGCGAAGGGUACAGAUUGCUGAUCGAAACACUCUUGACACGAUAUACGAAGAGAAAGAGAAAAUUUAUUCGAUUAACAGGAAUAGAAUGAGCUAUACAAUGCGAACAAUCGACGAUUGGAUCGAUUACGUAUUGGACGAAGUAUAUAUAUAUAUAUAUUACAUAAAUGUGUGUAUGUGUGUGUAUAUAUAUAUAUAUAUACGACGAGUGAAUAACUUUUAAAAAGUUACUAGAUUUUGAAAAAGAAAAGUACUCUUUCUUUGAGAUAAUUAUAAAGGCAAGCCCUCCAUCGAUUGUUCUAAAUCGUGCAAGGGUAGGUAGCGAGUUCAAAACGGGAUUUUCAAGUAGAAGGAAUUUGUAUCAUUCGCUAUACGUGUGCAAUAAGACGCACGACUCCAACGAAAGCAUUUUAAAUAAGUACAUAGUCAAGUCGGUGAGCAAGGGAAUCAAGUUUCGUAUCGUGUUGGUCUGGCGCAUAUCGUUGAUUGCAAUAAAGCGACGCAGUGAUCGAACACGCGUCGCAUCAAAAAGAUAGCACAAAAUCGUGAUCGCUUUACAAGGCACGUUUAUUAUUACGAUUUUAUCCAGUUAAAAUAAUUCUCAAGCGAAUUUUUCGGAACCUUGACUAAUCGAGGAUCGUAUAAACGUUCAAAGUGCAGUCCGUGUGCAGCGAUCUGUCGAAAACAGUGAUCGAAAAUCUCACGAAUACAUACGAGUACAAGAUGCAACGUCGAACUUGUAAACAUAUCGAAAACAUAAUAUCAUAUUUUUUUCAUGCAAUCGACUCUCAAAAAUACCAUUUCCAUCCCCCAGUGUGAAAACUGUGACUCAAUAGAUAGCUGCACGUUCGCGCGAUCGCAAAAGAGAAUAAAUAUAUAAAUAAAUAUGGUGGUACGUACAUAUAAAUGAUACACGCAUGUUACAACGUGAACGAAUGCAUGCGCGUACAAAACUGACACUUAGACACUUAAUAUACAUAUACAAAGUAAAAAGUUUCACGCUAUAUAAAAGCUCAAAAGGAAAUCUUUAUAGGACGUAUCUCUCUAGAUGCAUCCGCUACGAAUCUCAAUCUAUGCAAUCUCUAUUUUUAUUACUUGACAAGUAGUAUAGUGAAUUACCUUUAUGGAUAUUGUUGCGUCGCUUCAGGGUGUUCCGCGGAAAGUGAGAAUAACAUGCUCGAAGUUGUUCUUUCGUUAAGACUUCUAAAAUUCUCGGUGUAAGGAUUUUUAGUGAAUAAAUAUCUCGCGUACGUAACGAAAAAAGGAAACGAAGAAAAAUAAAAGUUAAAGAAUUGAACGUUGUGUAUAAUAAUAUAAUGUACUUGUUACGUUGAACUGUUGUAUUUGUUAUCGAUCCACGGCCGAAAAUCGUUUUCCGAUCGUUGACAAAAUCCUGAAGUGAGCAUGUUUGAAUCUUCGAACUCUUGAACGCUAAUAAUUCUCUGACAAUGACUAGCAUGUAACGUGUAUCGAUAUGUAAUUAAUAUACAUAUACGUAUGUAUAUAUACAGUGGUGGAUAAAAGAACAUCUAAGGAAUUAAAUCAUCAUAGUAAACGCUAUAAUUUAUUAAGGAGGAACUAUAUUUUAUAACACGGGUCACAGUAUAGUAUGAGAAUAUAUAUGAUCUGAAAAAGGAUGAAACAAAUAAUUAUAUGUAUAGGGAUGGGAAAGGAUGUAUUUUAUUUGAAGAAAGCAAUAUUUUAAUCGAGAAAUGAAAGAUUCAUUAGACAAAGUAGUAUAAAUUUGAUUGCAACACUUUAUCAAUAUAUUUAUGCCGAAUUUAAGAUUUAAUGUUCUUUUAGUAGAUUUUCUUUUGGUCUAAUUGAAUUUCUUAUUCCAUUAUCAAUUUUAUGAUGUUCACUCGUGGAUAAUUUAUGGAUUUACACUACUUUGUGAAAGAUAUUAUUAAUAGAUUUUCCUAUUAAGUCCUAUUAUAUGGAUACAACUUCACAAACGAAUGAAUAUCUACAUAUCAGAGAGAGGGAAUUUCAUAAAUCAAUCAUACAAAUAUUAGCAUUAAACAUACAGUUACGCAAAUACAUAAAAAUAUGAAUUUUUAACCUUUCCUUUAGCCAUCACUGUAUAUAUUAUAUAUUCAUUGUGAGAAAUGAAGAAAAUGUAAGUUUAUCUAUUAGAGAAAUUAAUGUUUUAUCUAGCGUCGUACUUAAAUUAAAUAUAAUAUAUCGUCGAUAUAUCACUGUCGCUAAAAAAAGGAAAGAAAAUGUGAAAAAGACUAUCUUCACGAUAACUAGAAGGAGGAGAAAAAAUUCCAACUCUAAGCGCUCACAUCAAGUUGUGAAUAAACAUAUCAUACCUAAUUAAUAUAUUGAACAAAGAAGGGAGAUAUCAUCGUUUAAUAUAAUAUAAAUAUGAGUCUAUAUAUAUAUUAAAAUAUAUAUAUAUAUAAAGAUUAUAAAUCUAUAUGCCAGAAAAAUAGUUAUUAAACGCAUUAUGUCGAAUGAACGUAGAUCUACAAUAGUAGGCCAUUUUUCAAUCCACUAAGGCAACAAAAAUUUAUAUGCGUGUACAUUCAUACACAUGCGCAUACGUAUACACACGUGAACGUAAUUAUAAUUUUCUUUUUCCUAUUUCUGAUUCCUCUGAUAAAAA